AAUUUAUUUCAAUGUAAUUGUAUUUAUUUUAGAUAUUUCGAUGAUAAAAUUUCCUCCUUUUACUGCAAAGAGAGGGCGUCCUAAAGGAGCAGAGCUCACAGUAAUUGGAAUGCCUGCCAAGAAAAAAAAGUAUAGACAGGCUUCUAAUGGAAAACCAGUUCCUUUUAUCCAAAAACAACCUAAUGAAAAAUUUGAAAUUAUGCUUUGUUGGUUAUUGUCUAAAGAGGAUGUUAAAAAAGCUAUGGAGGGUUCUUUGAUGGAUAAAAAUAGUGUAGAGGUAUGCCCAGAAAAAGUACACCCCAGCAUAAUAGAUGAUGCUAUUAAUGUUGGGAGUAUACAAGCAUUCUUUACAAAGGAAGCAUGGAUGCUGGUUAAUCAAGUUAUUGAUAAGGUGAAGCUUGCACCUAACUGGACAUGCACAGUUUGUAAAGAAAGAGUUGAAGAAGAAUGUAUUAGUUGUGACUCAUGUCUGAAUUGCUACCACUUUCAAUGUGCUAGCCUGAAAAAGUCCCCAAAAUCUAGAUUUUGGUUUUGUAAUAACUGUAAUUCAAAAUGCUUAAGUAUAUAA